CGAAGUUUAAUUGUUCAUUUAAUACCCAUUAAUCUCUCUGUUGCAGGCAACGUAUUCGUGAUAGCGGCCAUACUACUGGAGCGCAACUUGCAAAGUGUCGCGAAUUACUUGAUCCUGUCGUUGGCUGUCGCCGAUCUUCUAGUGGCUUGUCUCGUCAUGCCUUUGGGAGCCGUGUACGAGGUUGCCCAUGAAUGGGCUCUUGGUCCUGAAUUAUGCGACAUGUGGACCAGCAGUGAUGUAUUAUGCUGCACAGCUUCCAUUUUGCAUUUGGUGGCCAUCGCCCUUGACAGAUACUGGGCAGUCACAAACAUUGACUAUAUUCAUCACAGAACGGGGCGUCGCAUAGGUAUGAUGAUAGUCGUGGUAUGGCUGGUAGCCUUUUUCGUGUGCAUCGCCCCAUUACUCGGUUGGAAGGAUUCCCAAUGGGAAAAUCGAGUUGUUCACGAUAAAUCCUGUAUCGUCAGUCAAGAUAUCUACUAUCAGAUAUUUGCCACGGUAUCGUCAUUCUACUUACCACUAUUUGUCAUUCUUAUACUUUAUUGGCGAAUAUUUCAAACUGCGCGAAAGCGCAUUCGUAAAAGAGUAGGCCAACCUGUAAAUACUCAAGCAACCAGACCAAUGGGCGGACCACCGAAGCAGAUGGGAAGCAGUCACGCCGUGGGCGGUGCACUCGCCCAGGCGCAAGCAACCGGCGGCAUCGCGGCGGCCGUUGUCGCCGUUAUUGGCCGGCCAUUGCCCACGAUAUCCGAAACUACAACAACAGCAUUUACCAAUGUAAGCUCAACGAAUACAUCGCCCGAAAAGACGUCAUACCAUAAUGGUCUUGAGCCCGAGCCGUCGACGAUGGAAGCCUCACCCCGACCAGCGGUGGCACGGAGAAAAAAAGUUCCAGCCGACUCAAAACGAGAGAGAAAGGCGGCCAAGACUUUGGUCAUUAUAACGGGGGCCUUUGUCGUCUGCUGGUUACCCUUCUUCAUUAUCGCCAUUCUACUUCCAGUUUGUAAGACCUGCGACAUCAACGAUUACUUAGUGGCCUUUUUUCAAUGGCUGGGGUAUUUCAAUUCCACUCUCAAUCCAGUGAUCUACACGGUAUUCUCGCCGGAAUUCCGAAACGCCUUCAAGAGGCUACUAUGCAGACACAGGCGAGGCGUCGGGCGCAGGAUGGGCGUCCGUCAUUACAUGUAAGAUGAUUUUCGACCAUGAAGCAGCAUGUACGGAUGCCCUUUUUCACUGCGCUUAUGUAUUAGUGUGAAGUCUAUCUCCGUCAUCUGCGCCCGUAGCUCGUACACACAUCAAUAGCAAACGCUUGGCAAAGCCCUGUAACGCUCGUUUCGAGUCGUCGACCCGGACAUUAUGU